ACACUGACAGUGUUAGAUGUCAGUGAGACAUCUCCUGCUGCAGCUCCAUCACCUCCCCCAGCGGCGCUGUACACUCCCGCUCCCUGGUUGCCGGGUACCUACAGCGGAGGCUCCGGUUUUCUUCUGAAGUUAGUCACGCACACGGCCGCUGUUCUCCCGCAUCGCAUGGCUGCACUACAGGGAGGAGACUACUCUGUGCCAUGGCUGGUAUCUUGUUUGAAGAUAUCUUUGAUGUGAAAGAUAUUGACCCUGAAGGGCGGAAAUUUGAUCGAGUUUCAAGGCUACAUUGUGAAAGUGAGUCAUUUAAGAUGGAUCUGAUUCUUGAUGUGAAUAUACAGAUUUAUCCAGUGGAUCUAGGAGAUAAAUUCCGAUUGGUUAUUGCCAACACACUCUAUGAAGAUGGAACAUUGGAUGAUGGCGAGUACAACCCAAAUGAUGACCGACCUUCCAGAGCAGACCAGUUUGAAUAUGUUAUGUAUGGAAAGGUCUACCGGAUAGAAGGGGAUGAAACAUCCACAGAAGCGGCCACUCGCCUGUCUGCUUAUGUAUCAUAUGGUGGCCUGCUGAUGAGACUGCAGGGUGAUGCUAAUAAUCUGCACGGAUUUGAGGUGGAUUCCCGCAUUUACCUCAUGAUGAAGAAACUUGCCUUCUGAAUGAAGCUUUUGUGAGGAAAUUAUAAUAUUGUGCUUGGGAUGAACAAUGCAGUCUGGACUGGCCUCUAUGAGUGGUAGCUGCGUUCUCACUGUAUGUUUUUGUAUUUAAUUAAAAUAUAUUUUUUA